CUCAGAGACUCGGACUAAAGUGGCAAGAUGAGAGCCCUGUGCCCAGUCCUGUCUGCCCUACCGCCCCUGCUGGCACUGCUAUACCUGCUCCAGACCGCCCAUGGAGCUUCCUAUUUUGGGGAUAGCUACUGUCGGAUAGAUGCCGUUCAAGAUCUGUCAAGUUUUCAAGUGUCGCUCCAGUUUAAAACCAGCAGAAGAAGCGGUCUGCUCCUAUUGGCUGCAGGACACAGAGAUUACCUCACGCUGGAGCUCUACAAUGGCAGAUUACAGGCAAGGAUUGACAUGGGAUCUGGAGAGAAGGUUCUGUCCUCCUCGAUGGGUCUUCAGCUUAGUAACCUUUUAGACCAUUUUGUGUCUCUCACUUUGGCAGAUUCCAAGCUCACUAUGACUGUAGACAACCUGUAUACAACCUUCAUCCCGAUGGAGGGAACAGAUGAAGACCUGAACAUUGACCAGGGUGUGUUCCUUGGAGGCGUGAGGGACCUGGAUGUGGAGUAUUUGAGCACGGCUGUACCCUCUCUGCGAGGGUGCAUGAACAAUGUUAAGUUUGAGUCUCAUGACUUUGAUAUUCUGGCUUCAGAGGCUGCAAUCUGCUAUGACACAAAGGAGAUCUGUAGCAGCGAGUUUGAGGCCGGGGAUGGAGAAACGACCAGCUUCAUCAGCCCUGAAUCAUUUAUCUCUUUUCCUACGUGGACGACAACGAGCUCUGGCUCUCGCAACCUGGAGAUGCUAAUGAAGACGACCAUUGAAGAUGCUCUGCUGCUCUUCCACCCAGGACACCAGGCAGAUUUCAUUGUAUUAGGAAUGGUGGGGGGGUACUUGAAAGGUGUGAUUGAUCUGGGCAGUGGGAUGUACGUGCUGGACAAUGUGGAAGUCAAAAUGGAUGAUGAUCAAUGGCACAGAGUUAACGUUCAGAUCGACCCCAAUAAGUUCCAGAUAAAUGUGGACAGUCAGCUUGUUUCUCUUCCUUUAAAUGUAUCAGAGACGUUGGAUCUGGUGGGGAACUUGUACCUUGGAGGCAUUCAAAGGAAGAUGAAGGACGUGUUUCAAGAUGAUUAUUUGAGUCGGGUGGAAGAUGAGGUCAUAAUUGAGUCCUUUAUUGGAUGUUUAGGAGAAAUCAAGGUGAAUCAGAAAGACAGAAGCCUACAGGAUGCUCUCAUAACUAAAGACAUUCACGUGAAAUGUGAAGGGGACUAUGAUUACUCCGCUUAUUAUGAUCUUGAAACAACAACAGCACCACCAAUAAGAAUCACAUACUUUGAUGUUAAUCCUGAUGAAAGACACUGUCUCCCUACAGAGGACUUGCCAGAGAUGUUUUGGAAUAUUUCCAAGCUUUUGGAAAUCACUCCUCUGCUUGUUCCUGAGGAAGGGGAGGCCUUUAUCGACAUUGUAAACCUAAACCCAACCUUCAACCUAAAUGCUGCAGGUGUUCGACAAUCUCAGAUCAUCUUUACCUUGCUAAACGACCCCUGGUAUGGGGUGGUCGAUAUGAACAUUAACACAAGGCGUACAAAGAAAUUUACUCUCCUGGAUGUCGUCAACAAGAAAAUCAAGUAUCUACAUGACAGCAAUGAAAAGUAUGCUGAUCAGAUCCAACUGGAGGUGGUAGCGCAUGGAACAAGUCUCCCAGAGUGCUUGAGUGUUGCACGGAAAUACGUGCUACCUGUGAAAAUCAUCCCCGUCAAUGAUAUCCCUCAACUCAUUGCGGGUGACAUCUCGGUCACAGCUAAUGGACGUACACGAUUGAGUCCAAACCUGAUAAAAAUCUCUGACUCAGAUAAUCGGUGUGAUGAACUCAUGAUCACAGUCACGUCAGACCCAACUCCUUUUGGAUAUCUGGAGUACACUCACCAGCCAGAAAUUAGUUUGAGAGAGUUCACCUGCCGACAACUAAAAGAAGGAAAUAUCUACUAUGUCCACAGAGGAGGGGACGUGACUGGACUUACCCUGCAAGUAUCAGAUGGAGAUUUGAUUAGCCAGUCAACCACAUUUAAGCUAGUAAUUACCCAGCCACAGAUGAAUCUAGUGACCAAUACUGGCCUUAUGCUCACUCAGGACAGCAGUGCUGUAAUUGGAAUACAAAAUCUGGCCAUUUCUGCAACUCCAAAAACUGGAGACGUUGUGUACAAUGUCACUCAGCUUCUUAGAUUUGGAGAACUGCAGUUGAUCUCAGAUGAUGGGGUACCAAAAAGAGUGAUGCUAUUUCAUCAGUCUGAUCUUGAGCGUAAACGACUCAAAUACAUUCCUGACCUCUCAGCGGAUCUCGAGAGCACACAGACAGAGUAUAUUCAUUUUAAUGCACAGCUCGGACAGGUCACCCUUCCAGACAACACUUUUAUCAUUAAGAUCAUGCCCACUAUUGUAAGAAUGGCUCAAAUGGUUCCUCUCCAAGUUGAAGAUGGCCAGCCAAAGGUCAUUAUGCCAGAAGAAUUAGAAGCUGUUGUGAGGGGAAGUACCACUGAUUCAAGAUCAAUCAGGUACACGAUUCUGAGACGACCAGCCCUGGGAGUCUUGAUGUUGCUUGACAAAGAGCUGUCAGACGGUGAUACUUUCACCCAGGAAGACAUUUUGAAUGGUCACAUCAGUUACAACCCUCGCGUUCGCAGAUCUGUUGAUGUUGAGGACCAGUUCCAGUUCAAUGUAUUUGCAGAGGAUCAGUACUCCAGAGUGUACACUUAUCCAAUCACAAUCCAGGCUGAUUCUGAUUCAACUGUCCUAACCAAUGAGAGACUUGUGGUGUUGGAUGGAAAAGAGAACAUCCUAAAUAAGGAAUAUCUCUGGGUCCAAACCUCCACCUCGACAGACUUUGUGUACAGGAUAUCACAAGAUCCCAAACAUGGUCAUCUCAUCAGAGACUCUCCACCAGGUGAGCAAAGGUUCGAGGGUGCGAUUCAGUUCUUCAGCAAUGAGGACCUGCUUUUGAACAGGCUGAUUUACAAACAUGAUGGAUCAGAGACCAGCCAUGACCAGUUCACCUUCCUGGUGUUUAACGGUGGGCAGGAUGAAGGUCAGGAGGUGCUUAGAGGGGUGUUUAACAUUGUAAUACAAUCCAGGAAUGACUAUGUUCCUCAAAGGGUAAUCGACAAACCUUUUAAUGUGGUCAGAAAUGGCCACCGUUUGUUGACCACCGAUGACAUUUUGUUUAAGGACAAUGACUCUGAUUUUAAUGACACCCAACUGGUGUAUGUAAGAGUCGGAAUUCUUUCAGGAAACAUUGUCUCUUCUGUAGACCCGACGCAACCUCUCUAUCGCUUCACCCAGGCUGAUCUGAGAGACAAGAAGGUGUUGUUUGUCCACCAUGGGGCCGACCGCGAGCGAUUCCAACUUCAAGUAUCUGAUGGUUUACACAAGACCACAGCUGUGCUUCAGGUUCAAGCAGGAGAUCCUUAUCUACGUGUAGCCAACAAUACAAUGGUGGUCAUGGACCAUGGCAGCACCAGGACACUUAACACCAGUUUGUUGAGUGCAGAGUCCAACAUGGACAUAAGAAGUCUAGAUGAGAUCAUAUAUGAUGUGACUUCUGCUCCCAAUGAUGGUAGGAUUAUAGUUAGUGGAAUUGAAUCUUCAAGGUUUACCCAAAAAGAUCUGAUGAAAGGUGUGGUCUCCUAUGAACACAGUGACCAGAGCCUUAGCUCUAAAGACUCUUUUACCUUCACUGUGCAAGCUAAGGGUCAGUCCGUGGAUGGCACUUUCAGGAUAAAAAUAUUCAAGAAAGGUUACCUGUCAGAGCCUGAGGUUGUGUCGAACCAGGUGAUCAUUGCGUAUGAUGGAGAGCACUCUGUUAUUGACCAGGACCUCUUGAAGGUGGAACAGAUUGACAUCCUACCCAAAGAAAUGGUGUACUCCAUCCAAGAGUUUCCACGUUUGGGUCAUGUCGUCAAACUCAACAACGACACAGAGAGCACGGUGUCACCUGUCCUGGACUAUAUUCAAUCCUUCACGCAGGAAGAGAUAAACAUGGGCAGAAUUCUGUACGUCUCUGCGUCCCUUCAGGGCCGGGACCACUUUACCGUUGAUGUCAGUAACGGCUUCACAACCGUAGAAGGUCUAGAGGUGCAAGUGGACAUCGUUCCACGCAUCAUACCUGUUCAGGUGCUCAACCUCACAGUCAGGGAGGGUGGAUCCGUGGCAUUGACACAGGAGACUCUGAAUAUCACACACCCCUUCUACAGAUCCAUUAACAUUGAGUUUAUAAUGGAGGAGGCACCUCAGCAUGGAGACAUCAAAUAUGUGAAGCAAGAGGACGAACUUGUGGCCUUCAGUUGGGAGGAUGUACAACAAGGGCAGGUGUACUAUUUCCACGACAGCAGUGAGACCACAGAAGACAGUUUAACCCUCAUGGCCUCUGCUUUUGACAUCACCCGCCGGAGUCCGUUCUUGACCAUCGGCAUCACCAUCAUUCCCGUGAACGACGAACCUCCCAGAAUCCAGCGUAACACAGGAAUGGAGCUUCUAGUUGGUGAGGAGUCUGAAAUCACAGCCAAUGUGCUGAGCAGUGACGAUCUUGACACCCCUCCGGAAGAGUUGGUUUAUUCCAUCGAGACGCCGUCCAGUGGGAUCGUUGCCUUUAAAGUGUCGCCGGAUGACAGUGUGGACAGUUUCACCCAGGCUCAAAUUAACAAUGGAGAGGUUUUGUUUAUUCAUCAGGGUUCAGAGUCUGGUGGCUUCAGUUUCACCGUGACUGAUGGAGAACACACCUCACCUCUCCAUCACUUCGUUGUCACAGCGAGACAGCUCACCAUCUCCAUGGAAACACAGGGAGAGCUCAUGGUCUUCCCAGGCACUAAGCAGGUGAUUAAUGGAGAGAUUUUGCGAUCUACAACUAGUGAAGAUGGUGAUGAAAUCAUAUACUCGCUGGUGAAACCUCCUCGCUUGGGACGUAUAAUCAGACCCAACCAGCGUGGGCAAUUCGAGGAGAUCACCAGAUUCACACAGACUGAGCUGGAUGCUGGUGCUGUCUAUUACGAGCAUCAGAUGCCAUCAGAGCCCUUCUGGGUCUUGAAAGAUUCUGUCGAGCUGGCCCUCUCAUCGCCCCCAGCAACAGAGCUGCAUUACACCCUGCCAGUCAUUGUGUCAUACUACGCAGCCAAUCAAAAUGUGUCAUCUCAGCUCUGGAAGAACAAAGGUGCAUCAGUGGUGCAGGGUCAGUCUAAAGUGAUUGACAGCUCUGUUCUGGACGCCUCCAACCUGUUGGCCAGUCUGCCUGAGCAGAAGCGGGCAGGUCAUGAUAUUGUGUAUGAGGUGCGACAGUUCCCCGUUCAUGGCCGACUCACGCUCGGAGGGUCCAACCUGCCCCGUGACAUUCCCUAUUUCCUGCAAGAUGAUGUUACACGUGGCAAUCUGGAGUACAGCCACGAUGACUCAGGUGCAUCUUCAGAUAGCUUCUCUUUCAGUGUCCGUUUGAACCCCAGUGGCCGCACCGCGCCGGCCCAGCCCGGUGCCUUAGUGCUGGAGGAAAUCUUUCUAAUCUCCAUCAGACGGCGAGAUUCGAACCCGCCAGAACUUUUAAACCUGGACCUGCUCCUAGAGGCACUGCAGGGUUCCACGACAAUCAUCUCCAAAAACUUCCUCAACACAAUCGACCAGGACAGCACACCUGACGAGGUCCGAUUCACCAUCACUAAGAGCCCCGCUAAUGGAUAUCUCAUCUACACAGACACCGGAGAUAAGAUCAGGCAGUUUAGUCAAGAAGACGUAAACAUAGGGCGAAUCGCGUUCGUCAGCGACGGAAGUCUGUCCGACGGGUUCAUGGAAUUUACUGUGUCUGAUGGGAAACACCAAACGGAUCCAUACACAUUGCAUAUCGGAAUCCUGGCCAAGUCUCUAGUGCUCAAAAAAGCUCCGGAGAUUCACGUUAAACAAGGAGACGAUGAGACGCUGAUCACCGAGGACAUGCUUAGCACUUCAACCGGAGGGCCUGUCGAGGAAGAGGUUCUCUAUAAGAUUACCAAUGUUCCGAAGUAUGCCGCGAUAAUGGUGGACCGACAGCCCACCUCGGCUUUCACGCAGAAGCAGAUUAAACAAGGAAGAGUUAGUGUCCGUUUCAUAAAGUCCACCUCGCCAAGGGAUAGCGUGGCCUUUGUAGCCCGAAGUCGAGCAGCAAAUGUUUCCUCUGUCCUCAACAUUACUGUAAAACCUCUGGCUAAGGUGGCCCAGAAUCCCCUGUUCCCAAGAGGGGCUACCAUACUGGUGGACAAGAUGUUGCUGGAUGCUACCGCUCUAGCCAACAAGACCAGAAGUUCUCCAACCUUCAGCAUGAUCCAGCAGCCACAAGGAGCUCGGUUGGUCAAGAGGGGUGGGCCUGAAGAGGGCCAACCCAUGAGCUCCUUUACCCAACGAGACUUGGAUGAAGGACGAGUCGCUCUGGAGAUCUUAAACACAACUGGGGGUCAAAAUGUUGGAGGUCAGGCUCAAGAUGAAGUCCGCUUCCUCUUAAAGGCUCACGGCGUUCCUCCUGCCGAGUGCGUCUUGCCGUUUAAGACGGCUCCUUACGAUCCUUCAGGAGUUUAUGGCGGGACUUUGCUCGAAGUUCCGCCAACGGUGUCAAGUUCCGAUAAGAGUCACGGAGGUCAACCUGAACCCAGGUGGAGAGGAGAUGGCGAUGCAUCUUCUAGUGGCACAACAGCGACCCCUGUGGUGUCUAGACGGAAUACGCUGUGGGCAAUCCUUAUUCCAAUCCUUGUAAUCCUCCUCCUCAUGCUCAUCGCUGCUCUGCUUGCUUACUACCUGGUCCGUCGCAACAAAACCGGGAAACACAACGUCCAGACUGUGGCAGCAAAGCCGAAGAAUGGAGAAGUAAAUCAGGAGAUGUUUAGGAAAACCGAUCCUGCAAACAACAUCCCCAUGUCUAACAUGGACUCCAAAGGGGCGGAUCCUGAGUUAAUACAGCACUGUCGGACAACAAACCCGGCACUGAAAAAGAACCAGUACUGGGUUUGAGAUGUAGAGGCAACCACAGAAUAGUCAUUUCAUAACUUCCUUGAAUCAUUCCAGUCAGUGUUAUCCAGUUUUCUUGCAAUAUUUAAGCUUAUGAAUUAAAGUUCUGCACAUAUCUGAUUCUAAGUCUUUUUAGUUGCUACAACCAGAAGUCUGUGCUGAUUUGCUAAUUGUCACAUAGUCAACCGAGAUGGAAUUAACCAACUUUUACGGUACUUUUUAGACAAAAACAUAACAUAAUAUGUUUGAACAAUCCUUUGUAUGUAUGUUUUGUCAGUAUUGAUUUAAGAUCUCAUUUUCAGUGUUAUUUACGUUCAUGUUUUAUGUUUGUGUGGCUUUUAAACACAGAUCCAAAUUUAUGUGCCUUUUUCUUAACAGUCUGUUUUCUAUGUGACACAUUGUGUGAUUAAUUGAUUUGACUAUUUUGCACCUCUGUGUUCACUUUUUAAUGUUUAAAGGAAUGUUUCGAGUUCAAUACAAAUUAAACUCUAUCGACAAGCUAUUGAUUACUACCAAUUUUGAGUUGUCUUUCAGUACAGAAAUGCACUUACAAUGCAAGUCCAUGGGGCAAGGCAUUGUAACAGAAUAAACAUUAAAACAUACAGUUUCGAAGUAUAGCAACAAGGAUUGAACAAUUUACAUGUCAACUUGAGACUAAUGUGAUAGACUGGCUUUCUAACCUUGUUUGUGCGAAGUUAUAUUCAAUCAUUUAACUCGUCAUGACCAUGUAAAGCCGGUAAGUCCAUCAACUUUAACACGAUAGGUGCAAUAUCAAAUUAAUCCACUUAGAAAAGUAGUCUCACUGCAACAAAGACUAUUUAGACAGCUUUACCACUCAAAUAACGCACAUUUUUGUUCAGAAAAAUUCAUUUCAACACUGAAACAAAAAUACAAACGGCGCGUCUCGGGUUUUAAACUCUUCUGAAUGGCUUGCCCCAUAGACUUCCAUUGUAAGUGCUUUAGUGUAAACAAAUGUUUUCUUUUUUAUUUCAAACCAAGGGUGUAGAUUUGGCUUGAACAUUGGGGGGACUGAAUCGUGAUCAACUGCAUUCCACAGAUGCUGUCAAUAGAGCUUAUGUCGUGUUGAACCUGUAACAUUGCUUUAGAACUCUUAGUUUUGUCCAAUUAUGGUGCUAGUGCCACUUUUUAAUCAUAUUGUGCCUGUUCAAGAAGAGUUAUUUCUUGUAUCAAAAAAAAAUUUCGACACAUAAACAGGAAUGUUAAAGAGUAAAUGAGGAUUCAUAUUUUUUUAAAUAUCAUAGCAGUAUUUUGUUUGAAAGAAAAACAAAAACUUUAUCUUUUUCCGCUCUGUUUGUUGUAUUUGUUUUGUCUGUUAAUGCUUUAAUCCAAUGCACUGAUUACAGGCACUGAAAACUGUAAAAUAUUCUCCUGCAGAACUGAAGCCACGCACAGGAAGUGACUCUGCAGUCGCUGUGUUCACCCUGUGUCGUGAUUGGCUGCAGGAAAGAUAUGAGGUCAUUAUUUUUUCCUCAGGCUGUGGCAUCUAUUUUCCAGAGCUGUUAUUUGGUCUGCUUUGAGCUCGGUUUACAAUCAGGCAACUUUUGUUUUAGAUUUAAUUACAGAAAGUCAGUCAGUUGUUUGCGUGGCUGGGUUUUCUUUAGUUGCAGAGGGUGCAAGUACGUUUGAGCACACGUUUUACAAAAUUAAGUCGAGAGUUUACAGAAAUAUCUGCCUCUGCCUAUCCUGUGAGAAAAGAUAAUAAUUUCAAUGGCUGACUCAUAUCAUUAGUUGUUUUAAUAGGUUGUUUUGCUGUUUCUUUAACAAUAGUAAAGUUCCUGAUUAUCAUAUAUCAAUUCUUUAUAAUCAUUCCAGAGUUUUAAUGACAGAGAGACACGGUCUGUUCCCAAUGUACUGCAUAUGGAAUCAAUAUCACUGUUACAUCUUAUAUUUUUCCCUAUUCUUUAGUAAGCUAGUGUUAAUUGCAUAUCCUGGGGUUAUAAUAGCCCAUCUGAGACCUCUCAGGACAUUUAUAUCUGUGUUUCUGCAGAGCAGAAUCAAAUCACAUGACAACUCAGGACAUCAAUGGUGUUUGUUCUCUGGGUAUUUAUGGGAAUAUGUCAACUUAAAGGGAUAGUUCACACAAAAAUACAAAUUCAGUCAUCAUUUGCUCAGCCUUAUUUCAUUCAGUCCAAUAUGCAAUGAAAGUGAAUAGUGACUGAGGAUGUCAGUAUCAAACUUUGGCUUAAUAUCGCCUUUUGUGUUCCAAAGAACAAAGAAAGUCAUACAGAAACAAUAUGAGGGUGAGAAUAUGAUGACAGAAUUUUCAUUUUUAGGGUGAGUUAUCCCUUUAAACCCUAAAUCAUCACACAACUCUUUUCUUUGUAUUUUGGAUUCUGUUUGCUUGUAAAUAUUAUUUCAAAUCACAUAACCUGACAGAAGAUUCAAAAUGCACUUUUCGCCAGCUCUUUAAAGAUUUCAUUUUGUGGGUGAAACAUUUCCAGUGUUAUAAUUUAUUUUAUUUUUUUUUUACAACUAUAUUCACUUUAGAUUUGUGCUUCAUAAAGUUUCUGUUCCUGUAGGAUAAAAAUGUCAUGAGGUCCCAACAACAAAAUUAAUAAAAUAAAUUAAAAAUAAA